AUGUCUGCUGUAUCCGCCUCUAAGGCCAAGAGAGAACAAAAACGUUUGGAAAGAGAAGCCAAGAAGGCGGCUGAUGGAAAAAGUAUCAAAAAGACAAAGAAACAAGCUGAAAAAGAUGCGGCUGAAGAAGAAGUAGAAAAUGCAAGCGAAAAGAUUGCCAAGUUGAAAUUACAAACCGAUGAGCACGGGUUAUCGGAUAGAGUCACAACGGGUGUUUUGACUUCUUUGGUAACAUCAAGAGAUAUCAAGAUUACAUCAUUAUCGCUUCUUUUCCAUGGUAAAGUAUUGAUCCAGGACUCUACUUUGGAGUUGAAUUAUGGUCGUAGGUAUGGUUUAUUGGGAGAAAAUGGAUGUGGUAAAUCAACUUUAUUGAAAUCUAUUGCUGCAAGAGAGCUUCCAAUUCCCGAGCAUAUCGAUAUUUAUUUGUUGAAUGAGCCAGCCGAGCCAACCGACUUUUCGGCAUUGGAAUAUGUUGUUAAGGAAGCGGAGCACGAGAUGAAGAGAUUGGAAGAUUUGGUGGAGGACUUGAUUAUCAAAGAAGGUCCAGAAUGUCCUCAAUUAGAGGGGAUUUACGAAAAGAUUGAUGAAAUGGAUCCAGCAACAUUUGAAUCGAGAGCUGCUAUCAUUUUAACCGGUUUGGGUUUCAAUUCCGUUACUAUUAAAAAGAAAACAAGAGAUAUGUCUGGUGGUUGGAGAAUGCGUGUUGCUUUGGCCAAAGCCUUGUUUGUGAAACCAACACUAUUAUUGUUAGAUGACCCAACAGCACAUUUAGAUUUGGCUGCUUGUGUUUGGUUGGAAGAAUACUUGAAGAGAUUUGACAGAACAUUGAUUUUAGUUUCCCACUCUCAAGAUUUCCUUAACGGUGUUUGUACCAACAUGAUAGACAUGAGAUUGAAACUUUUGACCAUGUAUGGUGGUAACUAUGAUUCUUAUGUCAAGACAAGAGCUGAAUUGGAGACCAACCAAAUGAAACAAUAUGCCAAACAACAAGAAGAAAUUGCCCAUAUAAAGAAAUUUAUUGCAUCAGCUGGUACUUAUGCUAAUUUGGUGAAGCAAGCAAAAUCAAGACAAAAGAUUUUGGACAAGAUGGAAGCGGACGGUUUAAUUCAGCCAGUUGUACCAGAUAGGGUAUUUUCAUUCAGAUUCCCUGAGGUUGAAAAAUUGCCACCGCCAGUUUUAGCGUUUGAUGAUAUGUCCUUUUCAUAUUCAGGCAAGGAUGAAGAUAACCUUUAUGAGCACUUGGACAUUGGUAUUGAUAUGGAUUCGAGAGUUGCCCUUGUUGGACCCAAUGGUGUUGGUAAAUCAACUUUGUUAAACUUAUUCCAAGGAAAAUUAACACCACAGAAGGGAAGAGUUAUCAAGCACACACACAUCAAAUUGGGUGUGUAUUCGCAACAUUCGGCUGAUCAAUUGGACUUGACACAAACACCAUUAGAGUUUGUUCGUGAAAAAUUUGCAAAUAUAUCUCAAGAUUACCAGUACUGGAGAGGCCAGUUAGGUCGUUAUGGUUUGAGUGGCGAAGCUCAAACUGCUCAAAUGGCAACAUUAUCAGAAGGUCAAAGAUCUCGUGUUGUGUUUGCGUUAUUGGCAUUAGAAGCACCAAAUUUGAUUUUGUUGGAUGAACCUACAAAUGGAUUGGAUUUAUCGACAAUUGACUCUUUAGCAGAAGCUAUCAACGCAUUCAACGGUGGUGUGGUUGUCGUUUCCCACGAUUUCAGAUUACUUGACAAAGUGGCAAAGGAUAUCUUUGUUAUUGAGAACAAGACAGCAACUAGAUGGGAUGGAUCUAUUCUAGAUUAUAAGAAAUCAUUGGCUGAGAAAGUGGUGCUUUGA